AUGGCUCGUAGCCCACGGACGGCGGUCCCGCCUGCCCCUCAAACAUCAACCCCUACCGCCUCGGCAUCGACAUCAGCCAUCGCUACCCGGCCAUCUCGGCGGCGGAAGAGCGUCUCGGCUUCUGCGUCAGCCGCGCCCUCACCUGCGUCAGCAUCGGCAGCGGACGCACCUUCGCCACUCACUGGCUUGACACCCAUAUCAGCAUCGGCGGUGGCGGGGCCGAGUAGGGGCCAGCGGAGUCAUGCGCUCAGGAGCGAGUGGAUGGCAGCGGAACGGACGGCGUGUCCGUUUCCUGCGGAGUAUGGAGGGAGGGAUAAGUGCGGGGUCAGCGAGGAGGACGAGGCGGAUGAGGUGUUGAUGGCUGUCUGUGGUUCUUUGGCUCACUUCCACAACCGCGCGCUCUCCCCGGAAGAGAUGGCCCGUAUCUCAGUCGACAAGGGCUGGGUACGACCACCUACCGCCGCUGUCGAGCCUUCUACCCCUUUCGCAACAUCCAUCCGGAAUCACUUCAAGCGGUGCGAGAAGGCUGUCCCACCCCGUCAUCCCCUCAUACUCAAAUAUCAGCUCGGCGGAUCGGUCGCUGAGCAGGUGCUCGAGCCGGCGUUACACCCGGAUGCGCUGGCAGACGGAAUGAGGCCAAAAGGAACGGUAUACUACCUGGCGCCGGCGGGGAAGAUGAAGUGGAAGAGUCCGUUUGCGGGGAUAGAGGUACCGAAGACGGCGCCGAAAAAGCCGGGACCGGUCAAGAAGUACAAUACGACCAAGGAGAAGAAGAAGGAGGCAGGCGUGAAGGGGAAGGGCAAGACGGAGAAGGAGGCGGUACCGCUGGCGGCCGCAGGGAGUGUACAGCCAGUCAAGCUGAGGCUGUUUCUCAAUCCAGCAGCGGCGGCGGCGAAGGAGGAGGCGGCCAAGGCGAGGGAGGAGGAGCUGGUCAUGGGAGAACCUCUCUCCCGGAACAGCAGCGCGGGACCGAGCGUCCCGGCUAGUCGAGAGGGAAGUGGGCAGAGCUCGCCCGUUGACACUGCCUCGGGGACGUUCCCACCUCGACGGCAAAAUCGUCGGUCUAGUCGAACAUACGACUCUUCCGACGAUAGCGACUCUUCCGAUUCGGAGGAGGAGACACCCACCACUGCAUCCACGUCCCGCUUCCCUCGGCUCAAUCGACCACUCCGUCGUCCCCCUCCUGCUCCUGUAUCAAUCACGAACUCGCCUCGCUUUCCCCACCUCGCUCGUCUUCCUCAGGGCUCACCGUUCAAGGAGCUCUUCUUCCCUUCCUCGCCACAUGCCACAUCAUCCCCCUUCCCGAUCUGCCCGGCAUCACCACACGUCCCACCCUUCCCUACCCACUCCCUCGACAAUACUUCCUGGGUCGACCGGUCCCGCUCACGCGAGCUGGAUCAGUACGGCAUGGAAAGCUCCUCCUCUUCUUCGGACGACGAAAUGCGGGAUCUGGACUAUGGGCAAGAGAGCGGAGUGCUCAUUCGCGCCGGAGCGGACGAUGAGGAGGUGCGCAUCUGGACGACGGCGGAGAUGGAGGCAGAGGCGAAGGUCAAGGAGACGACGGAUGCUCUGCGGGUCCUCUUCCCGCCUGGUCUCGCGGACGACGUGAUGGAGACGGAUCAGCUGGAGCUUAACCGGCUGGACAAUCGUCCGCUCGCUUCGGAUGCUUCAUCCAUCGCGGAAUCUACCUCGACGGCGGCUCCCAGACUCAGACCUGGCGAGUCAUACCUCCCCCUCAACGCCUGGCUAGCGCAUUCGUCCUCGCCCGUCCCGUCGCCCGUCCUGCGGUUCGCCGUCCCCCUUCCUUCCGACUUAUCACCCACUCAACACCUCCCUCGGCACCACACUACCCUCGAAGAUGAUUCGAUGGACAUUGACGACUCUGCAUGGCUGGACGAGUCGGGCGAGGGACCGGUCCGUGCCGACCCUGACGACCUUUCGGAUGUCGAGGACGUUUCGCAGGCUGGAGAUGUCCCUUCUCCCGGCCACGACCGGCGGCGGCAUACUGCGGAAUGGGCGAUCAACGCCGCCGUAUCGACCGCUUUCCCAGUCAAGGAGGAGCUGGUCGAUUACCCCUCACCCGGCCUGACGGAGUGCGAUGAGGAGCCAGAUUCCAUUGUUGGCUCGCACGACAUUUCUCGCGCUUCGUCGGCGGAUACGACGCGGUCGGAAGAGGUGCUUCUUGAUGAUCAGGAGGCGGAGGGGGAGUAUGAGGGCCCAGAGAGUAUCACGGUGGAAGAUGUAGAUGGGCUGUAUCAUCCCCUCUGCCCGGUCGAGAAGACGCCACAGAGGGGAAAGAAGGCGAGGGGCCGGAACACGACGACGGCUCAUCAUCGUCGGAGGGAGAGUUUGGGCAAGAUCGGCGUGGCGGUGGGGUUCAUGACGAGGGCGGAGAGUCCGGUCAAGGCUUCAACGGGGUCGGGGACACCUCGGACCCGAUCCACCCGUCCCUCCACCCGCCGUCGAAAAUCGAGUACCAUCCCACCACCUACGGAAACUCCGCCUACACCCCCUCUCACGGAAUCGCCGCUCGGUCUGCUACCCGUCAAUACCGCAGAGGACGGGCAAGACCAAGAGUGGAUAGACGCGAUUGGGACGGCGGACUUUGAGCGGGCGGUAGCGGAGGCAGAAGCAAAAGAGGAGGAACGCCGCCUUGCCGCGCGGGAAAAGGCGGAGCAGAAGCGGGCGCUCCUCGAGGCGUACCGAGCGAGGAUCGCCUCGUCCCCGGAUGGAAAUACUCGCAUGUCCUGGGAGUACGGUGCUAGCGGUGCCGACGGUACAGGGACAUGGGGCACCGGAUCGACAGAAUCACUCUACCCACCCUCCUCCGGCGCGAUGAGCCCCCUCGCGCUUCACUCGAUGAGCAUGCUCAGUCUCAAGGAUAUGCCGAGCGCGGUGGAUCCGCGUGCGCUGCGCAGUCCGCCUAUCCGUUGGGAUGGGGUCAAUAUGGGGAUGCAGAUGGGAAUGGGCAUGGGGAUGGGAGGGAUGGAGGAGAUGAUGGGCAUGUAUCCCGCUUCGGCGCCGCCGAUGCUGCCAAUGCCUGUCCCGGCGCAAGGGGGAGAUGUGGCCAUGGAUGGAAGUACGGCGGAGGUGCCUCCCACGGUCGCCAAAGCGGUAUCGUCGGCGCCAAUCCCCAUCGCUCCGGCACCUGCUGCGUCGACGUCGGCUAAGCCAACGCCAGCACCUACUCCCGCACGCACCAUAACCCCCGCUCCGGCUGCCACUGCCGCCCAGGCCCCGGCGUCAGCUCCGGCUACUGCUGUCGCCGCGCCCGCACCCAAGCCUGCACCUCGCCCCAACAACCUUCACAUCGCCGUCCCGCUGUGCAAUGGCGUUCAGAUCAGCGUGAUCAGCAUGAUUCCCGUCUACUUCUUACACCACACAAGCAGACUCGGAACGUUUGUUCUCAUCAGGCGUAUUGAUAGCGACUACGUCAACGUUACUACCCUCCUCCUCGCACUCGGUAUCCCCAAGAGCAAGCACCACACCAUUGUCAACCCCUCUGGCCAUACCUUCCAAGCUACCAAGGAGGUCCCGGAGCCGACCGAGCCGAAUAUGGGGUACGAUCCCGGAGUUGUCGGUCUCUGGAUCAGGUUGACGGAUGCGCGGUUCCUCCGGGAUCGGUUCAAGAGUCUGGCGGAUAGUCCUAUUUGGGCGAUGCUGAAUGAUGAUAUUGUCGAACGGUUCAUGGAAGUCAUCAAGAACCAGGAGGUCUCGCAUAUCCAUACGAGGAAGGACCAGUUCGGGAGCGCGUUCCAUGCCACUCCACGCAAGAUCUCGCCGGGCUCCACACCGAUCGGUUCGGCCCCGCCACGGCCCGACUCAGCUCCGGGAGCUCGACCCAAACCUGCCGCGCCGGCUGCUACCACCGCGGCGGCGCGGAAGGCCGCUCCAGUCUCUGCACCUGGGGCAGCCGGACCUUCGCACCAGCGCGCCAACUCUAUCGCUGCGUCGACUGCUCCGGCUCGGCCUACGCCAAAAGGACCGCUCGUCCGUCCAGCCAAUGCCAACCCGGACGAAUGUCCUCAGGCGAAGCGUCGGCGCGCGACCGUCGUGGGUACAAGCCCUGUCAAGGCCAUGAUCGCCGCCAAGCCCACCCCUACUCCCACCUCCACCGCGCCCACGCCGGUCGCAGCGAAACCACCAGUACCGGUCAUCGCGAAACCACAGGCUGGGUCGGUCGCUGCGUCCAAGCCGCCAAGUAUGGUUCAGCCCCCGAAACCUGCUGUCGCAAAAGUCACCCCUACAGCCAUCCAGGGUCUGACGCCUACCCCUGUCAAGCGCGUGGGGGUACCUCCUGCCGGCGCCACCUCGGCUACAGCACCUACUGCAGGGUCGGCGGCAGGUCCACCCAAAAUCGCACCGGCACCAGCACCCCGUGCUCCAGGUUUACCCGCCCUCGGUAGACCUAUUGCACCUCAGUCUGCGCCCUCCGCAGGUGCGGCAAGACCGGUAGCUCCCCCUCCAGUCACUAUCGCGCCUGCCAAAGCCCAGGUCCCGCUGGCUCCCGCUCCUACGCCAGCACCAGCACCCGCACCGCCAGCAGUACCACCCUCAAUCACCACUCAGACUUCGACAUCCACCCCCACUCCUUCUGCUUCGGGGCCAGCGCCGCUCGUACCGCCUCGGAGGACGACACGGGCCAGCGUAGGCGGGGAAUCGACCAAGCCGUGA